AUGCAACAGAAUCUUGAUAAUAAUCAGAACCGUCUCAAUGAUUUAGAGAUAGCUGCUCGUAACCGUGAUCAAGCCAAUGAAAUGCAAAAAGAUACAGUGUUGAUGACAAAAUCUCGUACACGUUGUGGUCUGAGAUUAGAAAACGUGCUCAAAGUCGGAGCAGCCUUUCUCGUUCCUUUCAUGAUUGGUAUAUUUACUAUCGUCACAACGAUGCAACAGAAUCUUGAUAAUAAGCAGAACCGUCUCAAUGAUUUGGAGAUAGCUGCUUGUAACCGUGAUCAAGCCAAUGAAUUGCAAAAAGAUGUAGUUUAUGCUGCCUGUAUCAAAGAUAUUAGCGAACUUUUUAUGAAAGACAGUCACAAUCUAUCUGAAAAUGAACAGCAAAAUCGGUAUGCAUUUGCCUCGGCUAAAACAAUGACCACACUUGAACAAAUCGAUGGCAAACGAAAAACCUACCUUAUCAAAUUUCUGUAUCAAGCCGGUCUUCUUGAUAAACGCAAAACGGUAGUUGAUUUAAGUGGAGCAAAUCUGAAUGGCACUGAUUUAGGAGGUUCACUCGAUACGCCACUAUCAUUGAAUUACAUAACUCUUCGUUAUGUUAGUUUAUUAAAUGCAUCGUUUGUAAAUGUUAAUCUCAAGGAUGCUGAUUUCAGUGGAUCGAUAUUGAAUGGUGCCAACUUUACAUCGGCAAAUUUGGCAAAGACUAAUUUUACCGGCUGUGACUUAAUUCAAGCCGAUUUUAGGGGAGCCUACAUCUACUGA